AUGCUCAAACACCCUAUCAAGCAACAGUUGGCCACUUCCUACUCAGAAAUCUCAGAGAAAGUGAAGAUUGCAAAAAAUGAUCUCCAUGCAUGCCAAUCAACCCUAAAUUCUCUUCCCACAAACACCCAGAUGAGAUUGAAGGAAAAUGAACUUUUAUGCACCUACAAGAAGCUUAAGAAAGCUGAGGAGUCAACAUUCAAGCAAAAAUCCAGGAUUCAAUGGCUCAAGGCAGGUGAUUCUAAUACUUCAUACUUCUUUAAAUCCAUGAAUUCCAGAUUCAACAAGAACAAGAUCACUAGUAUCUUGGAUUCUAAUGGCUAUCUACUUGACACUGAAGUGCUAAUCAAGCAAGAAGUAAUAAGUUACUUCAAAGGCUCUUUAGGUUCCUCAUCUCAUAACUAUCCUGGCCCUCAAGACCUCUCACCCUACAUCAACCAAGCUAUUAACCCUGAUUACAUUCCCUCACUCCUUGCAAUACCAUCCACUAAAGAAAUCCAUAAAUGCAUGUUCUCUAUGAACAAUGAAAAAUCUCCUGGCCCUAAUGGAUACAAUGUUAUAUUCUUUAAGCAAGCUUGGCCAAUCAUUGGAUCUGCUGUUACUCAAGCUAUUCAACAAUUCUUCACUUUAGGCAAACUACUUUAG